AUGAGUAGCGAGAGAGAUGAAUAUGUGGACUGGAGAGGGAAAACUGCAGAUCCUAGAAUGCAUGGUGGAAUUAGAGCUGCAAGCUUUGCAUGUGUUGUGGAGGUGUUGGAGAACAUGGUUUUCUUAUCAAAUGCCAUGAACUUUGUUGCCUACUUUAUGAAGUCGAUGCAUUACCCAGCUGCUCAAGCUUCAAACAUGGUAACCAAUUUCAUGGGAACCUCUUUUCUGCUCACCAUAUUUGGGGGUUUCAUCAGCGACUCCUUCUUCACAAGAUUCACUACAUUCAUCUUCUUCUGUACAAUGGAGCUACUGGGACUUAUCCUACUGACAGUCCAAGCUCAUGAAACUCGAUUACAACCAGCCAUGCACAGAAGGCCCUCUCGGUUUCAAUCAGCUAUUCUUCAUAGUGGGCUCUAUGCCAUGGCCAUUGGUGUCGGCGGAGUUAAGGCCUCCUUGCCCGCACAUGGCGCUGAUCAGCUUGACAACAGUGACCGGAGACUCAUCUCCGCCUUCUUCAACUGGUUUUUCUUUUCCCUCUGCACCGGCGGCCUCAUAGCCGUGACCGUAAUGAUCUGGAUUGAAGAGAACCUCGGAUGGAAUUGGAGUUUUAAGAUAUCGGUUCUAGUGUUGACUUUGGCCCUCUGCAUUUUCACAGUUGGUUUCCCAUUUUACAGAUACAAACGCCCGGCCGGAGGAAGUCCAUUAACUAGGAUUUUUAAGGUAAUUAAGUCACAAGCCCGUAACAGAGACCAAACUUCCUCAACCAUAAUGACAAUGAUAAACAACAUUCUCAAUAAAACUAUAAAGUAUAAUGACUUCAGGGUCCUGGAAAAAGCACUGGCUGAUAACACCAUCACAGCAGCUGAUGUUGAGGAAACAAAAACCUUUAUUGGCCUGCUUUUUAUCUUUGCCACCACAAUCAUGAUGAACUGUUGCCUUGCUCAACUCCAGACAUUCUCAGUGCAACAAGGGAACAUCAUGAACAGAACAAUCAACGACUUCAAACUCCCAACACAAUCCUUAUCAGUGUUUCCCCUCUCCAUCAUGCUCGCUUCCAUACCCUUGUACGAGCAUUUCAUACGGAUCUUUGGCAACAAAUUCCAACGCCCACUUGGGAGAAUAGGCUUGGGGCUAGCACUGGCCUCAGGGUCCAUGGCCGUGGCGGCUAUAGUCGAAGCUAAGAGGCGCGAGGCGGCGCAGAAUAAUGUCACCCUGUCCGUCUUUUGGCUCGGCUGGCAAUACCUUCUGCUGGGAGUUGCCGACAUGUUUACUCUCGGCGGAAUGCUUGAUUUUUUCUACUCUGAAGCAGCAGACAGCAUGAGAAGCAUGUCUACUGCGUUGUCAUGGUGCUCCACCUCAAUGGGCUACUUCCUUAGCUCUCUGCUCGUCAGCCUAUCCAACUGGGUGACUGCAAAAUUCGGCCGACCUUGGCUUGGGGGAAAUGAUCUGAAUCAUGCCCGUUUAGAUCUGUUCUACGCCCUCCUUUCCAUUCUAAACUUGCUUAAUCUUUUCAACUACAUCUAUUGGGCCAAGAGGUAUUAGAAUUACCUGUUCAAAUUACUAAUAAUUCAGAGAGAUACUUCUAUAACUACAAGUCAUCAUGUUACACAUGUAUGUUAUCAUAUAUAAAAUAGUUCAAAUGAAACGAAGGAGAAUCUUAUUCUAAUAGGAUUGACAAAACGGGU